CGGAGCAGCAGCGUCGACUUAUUCAGUGUCACAUAUGUCCAUAUAUUUUAAGUAGUUUAUCAAAAGUGUUGGCAGAACAGACUGGGUUGUGAUUGUAUUCCACCUUGGUAUACCUAACAAAAUAGUUGAAAGGAGAAUACUCCAGGAGUAUUAAUUAGUAUACUAGUUAUCCGUCCCAACAUCUUGUCUCGGAAUACAAACAGUGAGUAAUAAUUACAUAUACGCACACAACAUUAAUAUUUUCGUUCAUUUAUUGGAAAUGGUAGUCAAGAAAAUCAAUCGCAAUCUCUAUCGCAAAGUGAUUUAUUAAGGAUUUUAAUUCUCUAAAGUUUUAAUAAUAUGGUGCACGUGCCUAUACAACUACAAAUUUCAAUUAAAAAACAAAGGGUGAUACAAGUCUCAGGAGCGAACAAGUGAAUAAGAAAAUGACUACAGAAAUGGAACCCGAUUUUACCGAAGAGUUUGACAACUUUAUCAUUACAACAACUCCACACAUUAACCUGACAAAUGCGACUGGAAUCGAAGAAUUAAUUCGCGAAGCCAAGGAAGAUGUGGUUGGAUUUUGGAUUGGCGUUGGCCUGUCCGUAAUUUCUAGUUUUUUUAUUGGCGGAAGUUUUAUUGUAAAAAAGAAAGCUCUCAUUCGACUAAGUCGAGGAGGGUUGAGGGCUAAUCAAGGGGGAUAUGGUUAUCUCAAAAGUGUUCUCUGGUGGGCUGGACUGCUCUCAAUGGGCGUAGGGGAAGCUGCCAAUUUUAUUGCAUAUGCAUUUGCUCCUGCGUCUCUGGUAUCAGUGCUCGGAGUUCUUAGCGUCCUGAUGACCACAAUAUUGUCUUCGAAGUACCUGAAAGAAAGACUGAACUUCAUUGGAAAGCUGGGAUGUCUUUUAUGCACCCUCGGAUCAACUGUUAUCGUGAUUCAUGCUCCAAUGGAAAAGGAAAUCGAAGAUAUGGCUGAACUGCAGGACAAAAUUUUGAACCCCAUUUUUAUUGUUUAUGUGAACGCAGCUAUUGCUCUAAGCGUAAUCUUAAUUUAUCAUUUCCGACCAAAGUUGCCAGAGACCUCGACAUACACGCUGUUAAUUUGGAUUGGAGUGUGUUCUCUUAUCGGGUCCCUAAGCGUAAUGUCCAUAAAGGGAUUUGGACUUGCUCUCACAUUAACGUUGGGAGGCACAAGUAAUGAAAUGGGAAACUGGAUUACAUGGUUUUGCGUGGCUGCACUGAUUAUCACAGUGUGCAUUCAGAUGAACUUUUUAAAUAAAGCCUUAGACACGUUUAAUACAGCAGUGGUAACUCCGGUUUACUACGUCAUGUUCACAACAUGCGUCAUCGUCGCUUCUGCAAUUCUGUUUAGAGAAUUCGAUUCAGUUUCCUUAAAAGAUUGGGUUGGCCUUAUUUGUGGAUUCAUGGUUGUGCUGACUGCAAUUAUUCUGCUGCAUUUCUGCAAAAAUUUCGACGUUUCGUUGGCUCAACUGGCUCAACAAAUAAAUUUUACGAGUGAAAAAGAUGAUGAGAGAGGAGUGGAUUUGGACAAUCCGACCCCUACCACUUACAGGGAUGCAAGAACAUUAAGCGAUCAAAGGAUUCCGUCCGAUGUAAACUUUAGACUGCUUUGUUCCGACAACCCGAAAGAUCUCGUGUCAUAUGGGACAGGUCAUAUGACACCGGGCCGCAUUUAAGAAAACAAAUUUACAGAUGCGUUGAUUUUGUACCUAAUUUUAACCUUCAUAGAGUUCCACAUAAUAAAACAAUUUAUUUGGGAAUA